AUACAUACACAUUGGCCAGAAAAAGGUGAACCUGUGGGUCAAUCUGUGUGUGUUGUGCGUGUGUGGUUUGAUAUUUUUUUUGUUUUGCUGCUCGUGAUGAGAUAGAAAGUGAAGAAGGAGGAAAGCUAGGAAAGGGAAAGAUAAAAAAAAAAAAAAAAAGACUUGUCUUUUUGUGAGGAUUUGGAGAGGUGGGAGUGGAGGGAUAGAGUUGUUUGUUGGGUUGGAAAAAGGGGUACUUUUUUUAGUCUUUUAAAAGGUCUAAUCUUUCUUAAUAAUCAUUUGUUGAAUCUUUGAUUUUAGUAGCCAUUUGUGAAGCAGAUCCCUUGUGCUGAUUCUUGAACUGGGAAUCUCUCUCUCUCUAGAUAAUUGUGAGGAAUGAAUGGUGUUGUUGAUCUUGAUUCAGAAGAUUCUGAGUUUGUAGAAGUUGAUCCUACUGGGAGAUAUGGAAGGUAUAAUGAGAUUCUUGGAAAAGGGGCUUCAAAGACUGUUUAUAGAGCUUUUGAUGAGUAUGAAGGGAUAGAAGUAGCUUGGAACCAAGUUAAGCUAUAUGAUUUUCUGCAGAGCCCUGAGGAUCUUGAGAGGCUGUAUUGUGAAAUACAUCUUCUCAAGACUCUAAAACACAAGAAUAUCAUGAAGCUAUGCACUUCGUGGGUCGAUACGGCCAACAGAAACAUCAAUUUUGUGACUGAAAUGUUCACUUCUGGCACCCUUAGACAGUAUAGGUUGAAACAUAAGAGGGUGAAUAUUAGAGCAAUAAAGCAUUGGUGCAGGCAGAUUUUGCAAGGCCUUCUCUAUCUCCAUAGCCAUGAUCCUCCUGUGAUUCACCGAGACCUCAAGUGCGACAACAUCUUCAUCAAUGGGAACCAAGGCGAGGUCAAGAUUGGCGACCUUGGCCUCGCUGCAAUUCUCAGGAAAUCUCAUGCUGCUCGUUGUGUAGGGACACCGGAGUUCAUGGCUCCGGAGGUGUAUGAGGAGGAAUACAACGAAUUAGUUGACAUUUACUCGUUUGGAAUGUGCAUUUUGGAAAUGGUGACGUUCGAGUAUCCAUAUAGCGAGUGCACUCAUCCGGCCCAAAUUUAUAAGAAAGUGAUCUCUGGGAAGAAACCCGAUGCGCUUUACAAAGUUAAGGAUGCUGAGGUUCGUAGAUUUGUUGAGAAAUGCUUAGCAACCGUCUCAGACAGGUUGUCUGCGUGGGAGCUUCUCAAUGAUCCCUUCCUUCAGAUAGAGGACUACGUUUACGAUAUGAGGCCGCCAACGGGUUAUCAGAGGGACUACGACGACUUAGGCCAGCAUCUGUUGAGUGCUCACCACAGCACCAACAGCUCUUUAGUGAAUGGCUACAACAACUUUCUUGGCUAUGAACCGGAGAAUGACCUAGACUGCAACUCGGUGGAGUAUGAGGGCAACGAGAUUGAUCUGUUCACGAGCCAGGAGGACGACCACUCGGGAAAUGUAGAUGUGUUCAUCAAAGGGAGAAUGACAGAAGACGACAACAUCUUUCUCCGACUCAGGAUUGCAGACAAGGAAGGUAAAGAUGAAUCACAUCAGCUUCUCACGCAUCAAAGCGAGUAUAUAGUUUAUGUCCCCAACUUUAGCAUAUAUUUAUUUGAAUUGGUUUGGUGUGUGCUGUGCACUGCAGGCCCCGUUCGCAACAUCUACUUCCCUUUCGACACUGAGACGGACACAGCCCUGUGUGUGGCGACUGAGAUGGUGGCGGAGCUGGACAUCACGGACCAGGACGUGACUGAGAUUGCCAAGAUGAUAGACGGUGAGAUCGCCUCAUUGGUGCCCAAGUGGAGAAGUGGGGUUGGCUUUGAAGAGAGCAGUCUCAACAACAAGACCAUAAAUUGCUGUCACAUCUGCACCUCAGAUGGCUCUGAUGCAGCAGGUUACUCCUUGCAAGUUCUUCAGUGCCCGAAACACGGAUGUGGGGCCGUGCAUGGCCGUUUUGAAGAGAUCAUGUACCCGUUUGAAGGGGACGAGCAGCAGCAGCAUGGCCCGGAAGUAAGCUCUGAUGACUGAAGAUCAAUGACUUCGGAUAUGAACAACUGACAAGAGAGAUUGCCAUUUGUCUCAAGCAAGGCUGGAACGGAGGGAGGGUGGUUUUGAGCCUGUGUGGAGUCCUCCAUUGCAUCGCGUCUCUGUCCUGGCCCGUUGCUCCCUCAGUCGAGGCAACGGGUAUGUAAAGCUCGUCGUAUACCAACAGUACUAAGGGAUCCUCAAAGGUAGGGCAAGAUCUCAAAGUUAUAAUAGUUUUGGUGCAGCUGUGUAGAUUGUCAGCUGAGUUGAAGAUGAGUUCAUCAUGUACAUUUUUCUAACUGAUGUAUAACGAAAUACUUCAUGGCUUCAGACAUAAACUGGAGUUUUAUUUUGAUCUAUUUGUGACAUCAAAUCUCGUGUCUUGUAUUCGGAUUUAAGUCCAUACUCGGUGGUAUAUUUGUAACUUUGUAUUUUAGUUGUAUUUGGAUUCGGUUACAAA